CCCGAUUCCUUGAGUCUGCCCAACAAUGGCUCUCUCAAAUCCAAUCCGUCGCAUAGCCGUUGUCGGGGCGGGACCAUCGGGUCUCGCUGCGGUCAAGUACCUUCUUGCCGAGAAAUGCUUUGAGCGGGUGGAUGUCUUUGAGAAGAGAAGCUCUGCUGGUGGAGUCUGGAAUUACUGCCCGGGGCCAUUGAAAGAGAACCUGACAACUACGGUGCCGCAACUGGAUCCCAACCAACCGCUCGAGGAGCCACUAUGGUACCCCACAGGCGGGCAGGCGAAGCCUCUAGAGCCCGUCUUUGUAUCCCCGCUCUACAAAACACUGGACACCAACAUUCCGAAGGAAUUGAUGGGUUACAGCGAUAAAUCAUUCGAGCCGGAUUCGCAAGUGUUCCCGAAGCAUUCCGCAGUGAAGAAAUACCUAGAAGAGUAUGCCGAAGACAUCAAGAACGUCAUCAAUUUCGAGACGCAAGUUGUCGACGUGAGGAAGACUGGAAGCACUGCCGAUCCCUGGUCGCUUACAACAAAGAACCUACGGGAAGGGGUACAGAAGACGCACUCAUACGAUGCUGUGGUAGUCGCUAGUGGACAUUUCGACGUCCCAUUUACGCCAGAUAUCCCUGGAGUCCAGGACUGGAACACAGCAUAUCCAGGCGUCAUCUCUCAUUCUAGGCUCUUUGACUCAGCGGAGCCUUUCCGAGACAAGAAGGUCAUUGUGGUGGGAACCUCAGCAUCUGGACUCGAUAUAGGUAAUCAGAUCAACGAAGUCUGCAAGGGAAAGGUACUGGUGUCUCAGAGAACAGAGUCAACUUUACACCCUUCUACUCCUCUGGACAAGGUCUAUCACCCCCAGAUCGUGGAGUUCCUGCCACCUGGUACCUACACUAGGGCAGUGCGAUUUGCGAAUGGCCAUAUCGAACAGAAAAUUGAUGCCAUUGUCUUCUGUACGGGUUAUCUCUACUCUUUCCCUUUUCUGUCUUCGCUUGACCCUCCUCUCAUCACCGACGGCCGCCGCACUCUGAACGUGUACCAACAUCUCUUCUACAUCUACGACCCGACACUAGUCCUCCCUGUCCUGCCACAGAGGGUGAUCCCUCUGCCGCUGUCGGAAAAUCAGGCAGCUGUUUUCGCCCGCGUCUGGUCGGGAAGACUCCAAUUGCCAUCUCAAGAUGAAAUGAAAGCCUGGCAUGAUUGGACUGUCGCCGAAAAGGGCAACGGGACACCGUUCCACUUGCUUCCUUUCCCGCUGGAUGCUGACUACAUGAAUUUCCUGCAUGACUGGUCAGCGAAGGCUGCACCUCUGCAAGGACUCGAGAAUAACGGGAAUGGCAAGCAAUGUAACUACUGGGGCGAGAGACAGUGUUGGAUACGAGCACGACUGCCUGAUAUUAAGCGAGCAUUUUUGCAAAAGGGUCCGGAGCGAGGCUCUAUCAAGAGCCUGGAGCAACUGGGGUUUGACUUUGACCAGUGGAAGAAAGAAGAAGUCAGAGCACAUAUAUAGACUUCGACUGUGAUGAAAUAAGUAUAUAGAUCUUUGGUGGGUUCAUUAGAGCUUAGAGCCACCAGGUCACUUUCGCCUCGCGGGGCUAGAUUGUUUGAAUGAAAUCCCUAGUAGUUC